UCUUGUCCAAUGUGAAACAUCAACUUCCAUAACCGUAGAGAGACAAGAUCCAACUGGCUUGCCGAUGCAACCGUUUCGCGCGCCUUGUGCUUGUUCCCUUGAAUAGUUCCAAGGGAUACGAAAACAAGAGCACCCAAAUAUAUUGCACUAAACCUUAAAAACAUUAAUUUUUCCAUCUUGAGGUUCUUGAAAAUCUCCUACUUUUUACAUUUAAUCGCAGAAUCAUUGGUGAAAACUCACAUAGAAGCCAUAGAAACUGGCUACAUGGUAACUUUUUGAGCUUUGAAAGAGGGUUAAUUCAGGAGAUUAUUUGCGACUUAGAACAAGGUGAAGAUGGGUGAAGGUGGGACACCUAACAUGAGGUCAAUCGCAUUGGUAACACAGAUGAUGGUUGCAAUGAUGAUGAUCGCGAUGAUGUUUGUAGCAGAAGCUGAUACAAACAAUGUUUUCGGUCCAUGCGCUGAUGCAAAAGUUAAAAAAUUCGACGGUUUUACCUUUGGUCUUGCAUUUUCAACCAGAGAUUCCUUCUUCUUCAAUCAGACUCAACUUUCUCCUUGCGAUUUACGUCUCUCCCUCUCAGGCAAUAUUGGUGCUCAACUUGCUCUAUUCAGGCCCAAAGUCGAUGAGAUCUCUUAUCUUACCGUUAACAGCACCGCCUUCAAUCCGGCUUUGUCUGGUGGGCAUAUGGUAGCUUUUGCUGGACAGAAGUAUGCAGCAAGAUCUCUACCAAUAUUGGUUGCUGAUACAAGUCACACCAUAAUUAGUUUCACUCUGGUCCUUGAAUUCCAAAAAGGCACUCUUCAAAAUCUGUACUGGAAGAACUUUGGGUGCGAUGCAUGCUCUGGGGACUCUAUAUGCCUGAACAAUCAAAGCUGUGCAGUGCCAACCUCUAAAUGCUUAAGUAGUGGUGGGCCUACUGAUUGCAGUUUGAGCAUACAAUUGACAUUUUCUGGAACAGAUAAGAAUCUCGAUACACUAAAUUCAUGGUAUGAGGUGGAAAAUCUUCGACAGUACUCCCUUUAUGGUCUGUUCUCCGAUAUUCGUGAUACCUUCACCGGCCAAAAUGGCAUGCCUUUUUGAGCCUGCAUUGCCGGGGUAAUAGCAGUGUUUAUGGUGAGUUCUAAAUUGGCUGAAGUAUUCCGUGUACCAGUGAAAAUCACUCACUUCCUCCAAGAAGCAAUACACUUCUGGCUCUCUUAUUAAAAUUCUCUUGGAAGUUCCCCAUGUGAGAUUGUUCCAAAUAUUAGUAAGAUACUUUGUCUAUACCGAUUCUCUGGCCCCAUGCCUCCCUAGAUUUGUACAGGUUUUAAGCAGUUGCUGGGUCACAUGGCAUUAAAUGAGACAGCCAAACUUUCCUUGCGAAA